AUGUCUGCCAAAACCCCUGAUUAUACCAUUGCCAACUCCGACGUCGUCUCCAAGUACAAGACCGGUGGAGACAUCACCAACAGAGUCUUGCAACAAGUCAAGGAGCUUGUUGUUGACGGAGCCACCACGUAUGAGAUUUCCAUCAAGGGAGAUGAGCUCUUGAACGAGGAAUUGUCUAAGAUCUACAACUCCAAGAAGACCUCCAAAGUUCCAAAGGGCAUUGCUUUCCCAACCUGUGUCAACCCCAACCAUUUCCCAGCCCACAUUGCUCCAAUUGACAAGGAUGACGAAGCCAACAUCACCUUAAAGACUGGCGAUGUGGUCAACGUUAUGUUGGGUGUCCAACUUGACGGGUUCCCAGCUAUUGUCGCCGACACCGUUGUGGUUGGCUCUAAGGACGCUCCAGUCGACGGUAAGAAGGCUGAUUUGGUUCAUGCCGCCUGGUUGGCCUCCGAGGCCGCCUUGAGAACCUUCAAGCCAAACAAGAAGAACUGGGACGUCACCAACAUCGUUGCCAAGGUUGCUAAGGAAUUCGACACCACUCCUGUCGAAAGCAUGUUGACCCACAACAUCGAAAGAAACGUGUUGUACGGAGCCAAGGAAGUGAUCCUUAACCCUUCCAAGCAAAACAAGGAGCAGAUGGACACCCACAAGUUCGAGGAAAACGAAGUCUACGGCUUGGACAUUUUGAUCUCCACCUCUGCCGAUGGUAAGGUCAAGGCUUCCGAGUUGAAGACCAACUUGUACAAGUUAACUGGUACUUCGUACGCCCUCAAGUUGAAGAUGUCCCACAAAGUUUUGGGAGACGUGCGUAAGACCUCCACAGGCCCCUUCCCCUUCAAUGUCAGAACCUUGGAAGAGCCCAAGAAGGCCAGAUCCGGUUUGCACGAGCCUGUCAACCACAAGGUGAUGUUGGCCUACGACAUCUUCACCGAAAAGGAGGGCGAGUACAUUGCCCAGUACUUCACCACUUUUGGAAUCACCAAGAACGGCAUUGUCAAGUACACCUCACCUGUGUUCGAGGAGGGUCUCUACAACACUGACAAGAAGAUUCAGGAUGAGGAGAUCUUGAAACUCUUGGAAGAGCCUUUGAAGGUUGAAAAGAAAAAGAAGGCCAAGGCCGCCAACUGAGCGUGCUGGCGUAGGUAAUGCUCUAUUCGUAAUGAACGUACUAAGCAAAGCGUAAGAAAACCAACUGUAUAUACUAUCAGAUGAUAGCUUAGCAAAGCGGAGCUAUUUUCGAAUGACAAGCUCGUCAAUUAUUUGAUUAUUUAAGUAAGAUAAUAAUAUAUCUGUUGGCUG